AUGAGACCAUUACUAAUAUGUAUCUUUUACGGCAUCACAGCCACAAUGAUGAACUUGUCCAACAAAGUCAUGAUAAGUCUAUACGAAUUCCGCUGCACUUUUCUUAUGCUUUUCGCUCAGUAUUUUCUCUCUGUAUUUGUGAUUGAAGCUACAAGGUAUUAUGGGAUUUACAAGUCACUUCCUAGGUUUCACAUAGAUCAGGCUUUUGAGACUAUCCAUGUAUCUUUAGCAUUUAUAGGCAACAUUGUGCUAGGACUAAUUGGGAUGGCCUAUACAAAUCUUCCUAUGUAUGUUGCGUUGAGAAAACUAGUUACAGCCAUGAUAUACUCAAUAGAUAUUUUUGUCUUACGUAAGCCUGUCGACCUAUGAAGCACCUUAGGGGUCAUUUUUAUUACAGCUGGUGCUUUAAUAGCAGGCUGUAAUGACCUUACAUUAAGUUUCAUAGGACUAUUUUUCGUUUUACUAUCAGAUGUGAUGUGUGCUCUUCAAUUACAGCUUAUGAAUAAAUUAAAACAAAAAAAUGAUAAGCUAGAUGCUUUAUCACAAUUUUAUUAUACAGCAGUUUUAUCAUUGCCAAUCGUCAUGGUUGGGGUUUAUACACAGGAAGAAUAUGUCGAUGUAGCCUUAAAUCCGCUAACUAAGACGUGGAAUUUUGUGUUUUGACUGUCAGCGUCUUCUUUUGUAGGGCUUUUGUGCAACUUUUCAAUCACACUCUGCACAACUUAUAACUCCCCAAUGGCAACGACAAUAACUGGGAAUGUAAAAGACCUUUGCUCGAUGUUUGUGGGACUAGUAGCGUUUGGAGAUGUUGUUUUAAGUCCUUUAUUUUUAAUAGGAUUAUUGUGUAGUACGACAGGGGCAAUGAUAUAUUCGUUAGGAAAACUUAAAAGCUAUAAAGAUUCGUCUGUUUAA